AUGGCUAUUUGGGGCGCUCUCCCGCUGGAAAUCCGGCACAUGAUUUUUGGAUAUGUCGCAGGCGGGCCGUAUCCACCGCGAUCUCGGAAACUGACGGAAUGUGUCGACGAAAACGAGGCCCUCGCAAGCUACGCCAGUGUAUCAUGCGAGUGGCGGUACGUCUUUGAGCAGUAUACAUUUCGAACGUUGAGUGUCGGGGCCAGCGAUGUCCCUGCCUUUUGUGCUGCUGUAGCUGGCGACCGGGCGGUUCGUCUGUCCUACAUCACGAGAUUGCGGCUGAUGAUUCCCCUCAGUGAAUACGACUGCUCAGUCUGCGACACCGAAGAAAGCGAAGCGGAGUCACAAAAGAACAACGCCAUCUUUGCAACAACGAUUUUGCCUCUGCUCACGGCUCUGUCAGCGUGGAUGCUGCCAGGGCCGAUGUCAAGGGGCAUCUAUACCGGAGGACUCGACUUGUCGUUGUUCGUCUAUUCGCCCAGCGAUCUGCAGCAUUCCAUUUACAAUUUUUGGGGCCAUUUUGAACCUUCCGGGAGCCGCCUCCCGAUGCCCACCUGCUACGAACUCCGCCUGCUUCGCAAUGGUGUGACCAACUACAAGCAUGGAUGGGUGGCCGGCAAACGCACGGCAGCACCUCCUUUGGAGGCCGCUGAGCGCGUCCUAGGCAGACGUAUGCUGCAACUGGAGACGCCCGGGGUGCCGGAGACGGUCACCCUUCCAAAGUUGAGCAUUAUACGGUCAUUUAGCAUGCUCAUCGCGGCCAGCCCGAGACUGCGUUCGGUUCACAUGGAGCAGUGGCGGCCCGUCGAUGCUGACAAUCUGGAGGAUGCAGAACAAGGCUAUAUAUCCUUAUUCAACGGCCCACUGCCAAAGACGCUCAAGUCCCUUACGCUCCACCAAGAGACCAAUGUCACGAUGCAUGACUGGGAGGACCCUUUAACGAAUCAGGAACCGUGCCGAAAGGUCGGCUGGCGCUUGGGCAAGGCCAGCAAGUACCUUGAGACGGUGGCGGUCUCGUUUUGGGCGGACGCAUGCGACUUUUUCAUGGGCGGCUUUCGCGCACCUGUACCAGGGGAUAUCUGCACCUGCUCUCGCUGUAUGGUAGGGGGCCGGCGAGACUGGGCGAUACGAGUGCAACAGCAGUUGCAGCAGUUACAAUCAGGCGAGCGUGUCAAGUUUGACGGCUGGCCACGGCUGCGCCACCUCGUCUUGACGUCGACCAUGUUGAUUUCCAUUUCCCUGGACGACAUUCACGAGCUCCUCGGGGUCGCCGCCUUUGCGGCCCGCUUCAUGCCUCGCUUGGAAACAAUGGAAAUCUGGUUUGCUCAAGAGAGUGGUCCGACGACGGCUGUCUUUCGCUUUUGCCCGCAACCAAAGGCAGGCAGUGGUGGUGAUGGUGGUGGUCCGCCCACGCUCUCAUUCUGCACCACGUUGAGAGGGACUGACGCAGAAACUGAGGCAGAGACUGAGGCAGAGACUGAGGCAGAGUAUGGCGAAGAGUCUGGAGCAGAGUAUGGAUCGGAGCACGACGCAGAUAUUGAGUUUGACUUGUACAAUGCAGAGUAUGAGACAGAGACUGGGGCCCACGUACCUUUCCGUAUUUCUGAUGUUUUGGCACCUCAUAUCGUCCGUCGCUUCCAGAAUGUGGUCACACACCACGCAAGACAACGUCGCCGACACCAUCAUGGAAACAGCGGCCACGACCCAUCUAGCUCGGCCCCAGGCUCUACUCUGAAGCUCCAGGUGCAUACCGAGACGUGGCCAAGCAUCGACGAGUUUGGGCAGCCGAUUGAUGGACGGAUCCAGGCACUCGACCACAUGGUGCUGGCGCCCGCGAUUCUGACAGGCCGUUCACGCAGGGCAAUGCGUUUUGAACGCGGAGACGGAUCCGACAUGAUGUAA